GCAGGUGAUUGAGGAUUUCUACAACCGCACGUGGCUGCACCGAUACGAGGAGCCCAUCAGCCCCGCCACCCUCACCACGCUCUGGUCCCUCUCCGUCGCCAUCUUCUCUGUGGGAGGCAUGAUCGGGUCGUUCUCCGUGGGGCUCUUCGUCAAUCGCUUCGGACGGCGCAACUCCAUGCUGAUGUCCAACAUUCUCGCCUUCCUGUCUGCUGUCCUCAUGGGCUUCUCCAAGAUGGCUUUCUCCUUCGAGAUGCUCAUCCUCGGCCGCUUCAUCAUCGGCCUCUACUCCGGCCUCACCACCGGCUUCGUGCCCAUGUACGUGGGCGAGGUGUCACCCACAGCUCUGCGGGGUGCACUGGGGACCUUCCACCAGCUCGGCAUCGUCUUGGGCAUCCUCAUCGCCCAGGUGUUCGGUUUGGACUUGAUCAUGGGAAACGAGUCCCUCUGGCCCUUGCUCCUGGGCUUGAUCUUCAUCCCUGCCCUGCUGCAGUGCAUCAUCCUGCCCUUCGCCCCCGAGAGCCCUCGCUUCCUCCUCAUCAACCGCAACGAGGAGAACAAAGCCAAGAGUGUCCUCAAGAAGCUGCGGGGCACGACGGAUGUCAGCAGCGACCUCCAGGAGAUGAAGGAGGAGAGCCGACAAAUGAUGAGGGAGAAGAAGGUGACCAUAAUGGAGCUCUUCCGCUCGCCCAUGUACCGCCAGCCCAUCCUCAUCGCCAUCGUCCUGCAGCUGUCCCAGCAGCUCUCGGGGAUCAACGCAGUCUUCUACUACUCCACCAGCAUCUUCGAGAAGUCUGGCGUGGAGCAGCCCGUCUACGCCACCAUCGGCUCCGGCGUGGUCAACACGGCGUUCACAGUCGUGUCGCUCUUCGUGGUGGAGCGGGCCGGGCGCAGGACCCUGCACCUGAUCGGCCUGGCGGGCAUGGCCGGCUGCGCGGUGCUCAUGACCAUCGCCCUCACCCUGCUGGACCAAAUGCCCUGGAUGUCCUACCUCAGCAUCGUGGCCAUCUUUGGGUUUGUGGCCUUCUUUGAGAUCGGCCCAGGCCCCAUCCCCUGGUUUAUUGUGGCAGAACUGUUCAGCCAAGGCCCUCGUCCUGCUGCCUUCGCUGUCGCUGGGCUGUCCAACUGGACCUCCAACUUCAUUGUGGGCAUGGGCUUCCAGUACAUCGCGCAACUCUGCGGCUCCUACGUCUUCAUCAUCUUCACGGUGCUGCUCGUCCUCUUCUUCAUCUUCACCUACUUCAAGGUGCCGGAGACCAAGGGUCGGACCUUCGACGAGAUCGCCUCGGGUUUCCGGCAGGGGGGCGCCGGCCAGAGCGACAAGACCCCGGACGAGUUCCAC